AAAUCCCCAGAUGACCGUACCUCUUAGUGUCCGUCUUGGUGACUAUCGCCUCUUGUUAGUCAAUCCAACUCACUUACUCACUCGCAAUACCACCCGCAAUACCACCCGCAAUACCGUAACCUUUACACCACCAAACAGUGACAACAGUCACAACACACACACAACCACUGCUACAAUGUCUGCCAGUUCACAACGGCCUCAGAGCCUACCCCCGGCGCCAGGGAGCUCGCGAAACUACGGGUCCAAGCCCCUUCCACCACCUCCCCAAAGGACAUCCUUCUUCGACACGCCGCCCAGGAAAGCUCCCAAAGCCCCAAAGGCCGGUGUCGGUGGUCAUGUCGAAGGGCCUAACCCAAGCCAGACCAAGACCAAGAGAAGGAGCAUGCUAGGGGGGUUCCCUAGAAUCGGCCGCGGGGGCGACGCGGUACCGAAGAUAGAGACAAGGCAACCGCCAUCUCCGGGCGUUACCAGGCUCACGAGUCCAACCUAUCACUCCUCCAACCACAAGAUCAACCAACUCAUGGGCUUCGGCGUUCCGGUGAGGCCCAUGUCCAACGUCUCUUCCAGGCCAUCGCAAGAUGGCGAGUACAUCGUUUCGCCCAUGAGCUCCACGGAUGGCGAUGCCGACGACCUCGUCUCGGACCUGGACGAGCCCGGUUCGAAACGCGGGUCCGCCCGGGACAGCGCUCUUUGGCCGGAUCCGCUCACCUUGCAGAAGCCCAACAGUAGGAACAGCGGCUCGAUAGUCGGCGCCACCAGUUCACAGACUUCGCAGCGCUCGUCCAUGGUGCGAGCCGACGAGACGGACGCACUACGCCACCGUCGCCACGACAGGAAGCUGCGCGAACCAAGCCCUAGGGGCACCCAUUCGCGCGCGACCAUGAACCCCACGCCGCCAAGCCAUAGCCGCGACCAGAGCACAGACAGUCUAGGCCGCCGGUCGAAGCCCCCUUCUCUAACUUGGGAGCCCCGAGAAGGCUUUUCGAGCCGUGCCACGCGCUCAGACACCCGCAAGCCGCCGCCGCCACCGCCAGAGAUGCGGGCGCCCAGUCACGACAGGGACGGCGGACGUUCCACCAGCAGGGGCAGCGACAGGUCCUUCGGGACGGGCAACCAUCCGCUCAAGACACCAUACCCACCCCUGAGCAAAAUGUCAGGACCGGACAAAAGCGGGUGGGACACGGACUCGGAUGACGAGAAGGAGAGGAGGCAGGGCUCAACACUUGGUGCAAUGGCCAGCAAGUUUGCCAGGAAAGUCAGGCCAUUCCGGCGGGACCAAGGUAUUGUCGAAAUCACCUCGCCAGAAUACAGGUCAGGCAACCUCGCACCGAUGGGCAUGUCCACAGCGUCCUCGGCGUCAGGGUCCGCAGCCGUGUCAGUAGCCUCGUUGAGGUCUUCAGGGUCGACGGGAGGAGCGAUUGGGCACCCGGAAACGCGGGAGCAUGUUGUCCUCACCAACAGGUCGAGGAAUGUGGGCGGCCCUGACACGCCAGUCCCACGGCCCAUGGGGCUGCUGCAGAGAACCCAAGGAGCGUUUGCCGGGGCCAUGAAGACGGCAGGCAUCCAGUCCAAGUCAGACCGCAAACGUGAAAACAUGAAGGGAAAUAUCCGGGUCAUCCCAGAGGGGUGUGAUGUCUCCCAGGGGUCAAAUGAGGGGAGGAGGAGCAGAUGGGGUUAGCGGAUGAAUAUCCAGGGCUCACGAGGUUGAGGAUUGAUGCACGAUUCUCUGCCGUUUUCGGGAUUUGGACUUUGUUCGGAUAGGUUUCUCAAUACGUUGUCUUUUUUUUCGUCCGUUGAGCCGAAUCAACUAUGCAUGCAUCCCGAACAGUGGUAGUUGAAC